AUGUCCAACAACAAAUACAUGUAUGGCCUCACCGCCGUCCCAGCCUCAGCCGAUGCCCUACUCACUUCACCAAACAACCCACCCCCAACCCACCCCCCAGGCCCAAUCCCUGUCCAAGAAACACCAAUCCCAAACACCCCACUAGCCCAACGCAUAAACGCAUACGCACGCCACCACCUAGCAGAAGAAACAUACAACCACUCUAUGCGCGUAUACCACUACGGCCUAGCAAUAAAACAAUACCGCUUCCCAGCACGUUCAUUCCCGGACUGGGAUUUCGAUCAUGAGACUUACUUCCUUGCGUGUGUGUUGCAUGAUAUUGGGACAACGAAGGAGAAUCUACGUGCUACUAGGUUGAGUUUUGAGUUUUUUGGGGGGAUGCUUGCUUUGAGGGUUUUGCAGGAUGUUGAUGAUAGGGAGAGGGUGGAGAUUGGGACUGGAACUGGGAUUGAUAUUGGUGCCAGCGCUAUUGCCAGCGGUGCUGCUGCGACUGCUACUGAUACUACAACCGCUACUAAUGCCAACGCUACGGCCCCUCGUGAACAAGCGGAGAGUGUGGCGGAGGCGAUUAUCCGGCAUCAGGAUUUGUGCCAUGUAGGCAAGAUUACGGUUGUGGGGCAGCUAUUGCAAUUGGCGACGAUCUUUGAUAAUACCGGCGCCUAUGCUGAUCUCGUUCAUGCUGAUACUAUCAAGGAUGUUUGUGUGCAUUUCCCGCGGAUGCGCUGGAGUCGUUGUUUUGCUGCUACUGUUCAGUCGGAGAUUGAUUUGAAGCCUUGGGCUCAUAGUACUGCGUUGGGUAAGGAAUUUUCGGAGAAAGUGCUUGGGAAUUCGUUGAUGGAGCCUUACGAGUGA